GUCAAUCGGCGCUGAUUUAGGGUUUUUGGUGUUUUUGCUAUAAAACCUUUUAGCAGCUAUCCCUGCUCUUCUCCCCCAUAGCAAUCGUCGGUGUCGGUCUUCCAGGGCUAAAUCCAGGAGCUUUUAACUUCUAAAGUCUGCUAGUGUAAAGCCCAUUUGCCAAGAUGCAGAACGACGAGGGACAAAACAUGGACCUUUACAUCCCUAGGAAGUGCUCUGCCACAAACAGGUUGAUCACUUCUAAGGAUCACGCUUCUGUCCAGCUCAACGUUGGGCAUUUGGAUGAGUUUGGCCGAUACAAUAACCAGUUCACUACUUAUGCUCUCUGUGGAUUUAUUCGUGCCCAAGGAGACGCCGAUAGUGCUCUUGAUAGGCUCUGGCUGAAGAAGAAAGCUGAAGUUGGACAGCAAUGAGUUCCUAUUUGCUUUUGUCUCGCCAGCAGUUCGUGGUUGUUAGUGGCUUGAUCUCUUCUUUGUUUAAAGUUCAUUAUUAGACAAAUGGAAUUGCAUUUAUAUUACUUUUUUACUAUUUUAGUGAUGUAACAUGAUUUUCUACUGUUAAGAAAUUUUUUGGAGAUGGCGGACCAUUUGGCUGGUUGAAUCAUUUAUGCUUUAGAAUUUGGCUUUA